AUGGCCACCGUCUUCUCCUCCCUCGUGCGACCUGCGAUACUACGACGGCCUUCGACCGAUACAUACAACGCGGCUGGUGCUCCGCAGUCUGGCCGCAGAGAUGAUGCAGAAGAGACUGAUCUCCGCAACCUGAAUGUCUCUCUGCAAGCCCUCACCGAUAUCUUCCCUGAUGUGCAGCCUGAGGUUUUCCGUGAGAUGCUGGCUUCUUUUAGUGAAGAAAGCAGACUGCAAGUCGUAACAGAGGCGCUGUUGAAACAUGGGGAUAAGUGGGUACGAGGGCGUUACCGAAUGCCAGCCGAGCAGGAAGAGCAAAGGGAGACUGCGCAAAAGUACAAGUACCGGGAACGAGGUGAUGGGAAAGAUACACGCGGCAAGCCUUUGGUGCUCGAGGAUACCUUUCGCUCCAAACCCUACAAAGAGGCGGCAAAGCAGGCGCUUUAUCAGGAAUUCAAGGGUCUAAGCCAUUCAACAAUCAAGGCUGUGCUAGCGGAGUACAACUGGAGCUACACACAAGCACGGCCGACACUUCUGGGUCUAUCAAGCAGGAGCUGGAGGUCCAGCAUCACAAACUUUCUCAUGCGCCGGAAAGCGCCGUCCGCGAAAGACCACCCGCUGGUGCUGUGGACAGCUGCGGAUCCAAGGACAGGCCGCCGAAGAACGCCGCUACUUGUCAAGACCAAGGACGAUGAGCUCAAUCAAGAGCUAUACGACAAUCUCAUAGCGCCUGAACUGACUAGGCAGCGGAACGAGCAACUACGGCAAGACUUCGAGCUGGCGUGGAAAUUGCACGAAGAGGAAGCUGAGCGGGAAGGCGAGAUGUACGAUUGCGAAUGCUGCUUCAUGCCCAAUACGCUGGAGCAGAUGUCGACCUGCAAUAUCGACGGACACUACAUCUGCUUUCGCUGCAUUCGACAUGCCAUCAAUGCUGCGCUUUAUGAUCAGGGCUGGGCACGCAGCAUCAAUACGGAAUUAUGCACACUCAAGUGCAUAGCACCUAUGACGGACGGAGACUGUCAAGGAUGCAUCCCCCUUGGCUUCGUUCGUCGUGCUCUACUGGAGGAAGCGGACGGUGAUGACAACGUCAAGAAGCUUGACGAACGCUUCAAUAACGAGGCUCUCAUCAAGUCGCAGCUGCCCUUAGCUCGGUGCCCCUUCUGCUCGUACGCUGAGCUGGAUGAUCUUGCGUUGCCGAACGCGAAGUCGCUCGCAAACCUUCGACCCAAGCCUCGCCCUAUCAUCUUGGCGUCACUGGCAUCCAUCCCGCUUCUUGAGCUGUUGUGUUUCAAAAUCACCCAAACUAUCGUCUUGCUCUUGGUCCUUAUCUACGCCGCUUUUGCCCUCGUCUUCCGAAUCCCGAUCAUUGCACCCUUCCAGGUCGCCCUGCGCCGCAUUCACCUCAAGCGCCGAGGUCUGCGCUUCCAAUGUCUUUCGCCCACUUGCAGCCGCGCCUCCUGCCUAUCAUGCUCUGCGCCCUGGCACGACCCGCACAUCUGCUACUCCUCGCAGCUCACCUCUCUCCGUCUCACGCUCGAGCGCGCAACCACGGACGCGGUAAAACGCACGUGUCCGCAAUGCAACCUCGGCUUCGUCAAGUCCGAAGGCUGCAACAAGCUCGUCUGCCUGUGUGGGUACUCGAUGUGCUACGUCUGCAGACAGGGACUGGCGGAAGAGGGAUACCACCACUUCUGCCAGCAUUUCCGCGAGAGGCCGGGCGAAACAUGUGCAGAGUGCAGCAAGUGUGACUUGUACCGUGUUGAGGACGAGGAGCGGGUCGUGAAACGGGCGCGGGAGGGUGCUGAAGCCGAGUGGUGGGAAAGCCAGGGCGAGGGCGCACAGAAAGGCCUGAAGAGCGAGGUUGGGAAACGCACGGCGCAGGGCGUGCUUGGAGCCAGCAAGAAAGGUUGGGAGGGGUGGGUUGAGGGGGUCUUGGAGACGUUUUUCGUGUAG